ACAUAUACAUAUAUGAAUCAGCAUUGCUGUGCUGCUUGUUCAGCUAAAAGCUAAACAUUCAAUGCAAUUGGCGUUUCUUAGAAGACGAAACCAAUCCGUAAGAAACAUCGUUAUAAAUGGCCACCAUAUAGUGUUAAACGGAUAAGUGAUCUGUCAGUGUUACGACGACUAUGGUCUAAGGGCGAUAAAAAGAAAUUCUAUAUAAAUGUGACAAUUUAGUGAUGUGCGGAAUGCUAGCUUCAUAUUCUUGCUGCAUUAUCGUCUGGACUAUUUAUUGUUUUUUGCAAGUUCAUUCAUUGACAUUCCAUGUCAUUUUGUCACACAAUGGACCCGUUGUAUCUGGUGGUACGAUUACGAUCAAAGCAGAUUUGUAUACUACGGGUGGCUACCGACCAUCAGGCUCUUUCAGAUAUAUAUUGACCGACGAUGCUCUCAUACCUCAUGAAAAUGUAACAGAGUCAACGAAGAAUACAACAGUAUAUUGGAAUUUGACCUAUCCUCGAGAGAAAUAUUCUGUAGGAACUUAUAAAGUUGAAGUGUUAGUCCAAAGAUAUUUCAUUCUUCAUUGGAGUAAUGUAACUAGUAGUCGUAUAAGUUUUGAAGUAACUUCACUUCUUAAUGGUAAUAUCACAAUGUCACAAUCAAAUAAGACAUUGAAUGAUAAGUUUGUUUCAACUGCAUUAGAAACACAAUUUGGUAUUGAUAUACGUAAAGGAGAUUAUAACUUUAUAAUAGAAAAAGCAACAUCUAUAUCAACUUAUUGGUUCAUUGAUUGUCAAUACUAUGGAGAAACUAAUGAUUUAAAUUUUUCUUAUAAUUUUACAAAUGCUGAUAUGUCUCGUGAUAUCGCAGCUUUGGUGAUUGCAUCGUAUGAACCUAUAGAACCACCCAUUACAACCACAGCUGCAACUAUACUACCAUCAAACACUACUUCGAAUACUUCUUUAAUAAAUAGCACCGCAAGUACUGUCCUAUCAACCACUACUAUAUCGCCUACAACUAUACCACAUAUAAAUACAACGAUAGCAACAUUGAUGACAAUUACGCCUGCACUUAAUUCAACUGGGAAUACAGUAAAUACUGGGAAUAUUUCAUUUCCAUACGUUUGCCUAAAUACAUCUAUUUUACCAGAUCCAAAUAAAACGUAUGGUUAUUUCACAAAACAAAUUUCUGUUCGAGCACCAAUAACGAAUAUCACAAUCAAGGGUACAGAUUGGAUUCAACCUUGGGACAUGUUGUCUCUUAACGCAACUUGUAAUGGCUCAGGACCAUUUUAUAAAUGUUUGGAAUUUCACCAAGGCAAAUAUAAUGUAACUGGUAAUGAGACAUGCGAAUACGUAGACCAUCUAAAAUCAUGUAAUUUUUCUAUUGUUCGUUAUUUCUUUGAACCUACUGAAUAUACAAUUUUGGUUAUAUUAAGCAAUGAUGUCAGUAAACAAAUUUAUUCUAAAACCAUAACUGUCUACAAAGUAACACCAAAGCCACAGUUGUCUGUUAUCGUUGUCCCUGUUUCUUGUACUCUUGUAGCUGUUGUUUUAAUAGUUUUUGGUGUGGCAUAUUACAUCCAAAGUAGAUCAAGAUUCACAGUUGAAGUUGCAGAUUUUGACUUUGGCCAGAAUAAUCCUGAGAUGGAGUAUAAAACGUUUACAGAACGAUUGCGGGAUUCAUUUAACAAUGCUGUAAGACCAGAAAGCAAACAUAUAAGUGUACGAGCGCCUCAUUAUGGCAGCAUGAACUACAGAAACAUAUAAAAUGCAUCAUUUAAUGCAACCACUAUUAACAAUAAAAGGAUACAAACCGCUUAAAAAUUCAAAUACUUUACAAACAUAACAUUUGUAAAAGAAAAAAAAAUUACAAUACAAACUUUGAAAGUUUGUAAGGAGUACUUUUAAAAUUGAAAGCAAAUGUACUUCUACAAUGAGCCAAGAAGUCCAAGAAUGAAGAGGUUUAUUGAAUCUUAUGCAGCAGUAUUUGUAGAUAAUAAUGCUGUUUCACAUAAAAUUAGUAUAUCAUUAUUCACUGUAACCAUUGUGAUCAUUCCGGAGUGGAUAUGAGAAACAUAACAUCAAGAUUCCGCAUGAAUAUUAUAUACAUCUAAUAAGGAAAACACACUGAACAUAUUUUAUGAAGAAUCAGUGUAAAUGCAAUCAUCAUUAUGUGAUGGAUAAGAAAGUAUGCGCCAUUCCAACAUAAUUUUUCCAACUAUAUGAAAUAUAGAAAUAAGUCUAUGUCCACGCAAUAUAUAUGUAUAUUAUAAUUUAAUAAUAAGCUUAUGUAAGUCUAAUUUGUGCACAAGAACCAUUUUUAAUUGCUUAACGUACGAAAAAAAAAAAAAAAAAUAGAAUUGUAUAAUUAUAUGUUUUUAUUAUUUUAUCAAUCUAUUUUUUUCAUGACAAUCCAUAAAGACAAUCUGUCUGGAAAAGUAAUAAUCGUAUUGCGAGCAAUUUGUUAAAAGGCUAUCGAUAAUUUCAUCGUAUAAUAAUCUAUUAAUUAUAUUUAUAAAAUUAUGAUAGCCAAAUAUUCAAAUUGCUUUGCGUAAAAAUUAAUCCUAUAUGCAUAUAUUUUAAUUGUAUAGAAAUGAUAAGAUUUGCGUGGAAGUAAAUUUUUUUGUUAUUUUCUAUGUUAUUUUAAUAAUGUCUUUUACGAAUUUUCUUGCGUUUAAUAUUACAAAUUAUAAAGGAAAAAUUUUUUUAAAAAUGGAGAUAUGUAAAAAUUUGUGGAUUUACAAAUUGAUUUAGACUGAGCAAAGUGUGUGAAAAUGAAGAAAAAUUUUUCAUAAUUUGUAUACGUUCUGUUAACUUAUGAUGUAUACGUACAUACAUACAACAUACAUGCAUACAUACAUACAUACAUACAUACAUACAUAUAUAUAUAUAUAUAUAUAUAUAUAUACACAUACACACACACAUAUAUCUCUAUCGCUUGGUCAUAGAUAACUCUAAUACGGGAGCGAUAGUUAAAAUCAAAUUAAUAUUCUUCUCUGGUUUCUCAUAGAAUAGUACAAAGGUAAAUCGAGAAAUGAUAAAUGAGUAAUAGGGAUAUAUAAUUAUUUAUUCUGCUAUCUUACGAUAAUUGUAAAAUAAUCUGAUUGAUAUUUAAUUGUGAUAAAUAAAUACAACAAAUUCAUAUACGUUGUAUUUUGUUAUCCGAAUGAAGUUUACAAAUCUGCUAUAUAAAUUAAAAUGUCUUGCAAUUCAAAUUAACGUGUAAUAUCAUCACAUUUGACUUUAUAUAGAUUUCCUUUGCUUACGUCUGAAUCAGAAUAAUUUAUAUUUAUUAUUAAAAUGAAAUAGCAGUUUUGUGGGCAUAAUUUAUUAAUCAAUUAUUUCGUUUUUUAUUUUUAAAUAUUGUAUUAAACGGACACUUUUCGAUUUACGUAUUUAUCAACAAUUUCGAAAAUCAUGACAACGACGUUUACUUCGAACAAAGAAAAAAAAAAAAGAAAGAAAAAGAAGAAAAAGAAAGUUAUUUUUAAGAUAGACACUGUUACUUUAUUUAUAAAAAUUUUGGCAUAUAUUGUGAAGAUCGAAUAUUAACAUUUAUGCAGAAUCCUA